AUGGGGCGCUUCCGCGGGGGCCUGCGGUGCAUCAAGUACCUGCUGCUCGGCUUCAACCUGCUCUUCUGGCUGGCGGGCUCCGCGGUCAUUGCGUUUGGACUGUGGUUCCGGUUUGGAGGCACCCUGAAGGACUUAUCACCAGAAGACAAGUCCCCAGAGUAUUUCUACGUGGGGCUCUAUGUGCUGGUUGGAGCAGGGGCCCUAAUGAUGGCCGUGGGGUUCUUUGGGUGCUGCGGAGCCAUGCGGGAGUCACAGUGUGUUCUCGGAUCAUUCUUCACCUGCCUACUGGUGAUAUUUGCUGCUGAAGUAACCACUGGAGUAUUUGCUUUUAUAGGCAAGGGUAUAGCGAUACGACACGUCCAGACCAUGUAUGAAGAGGCUUAUAACGAUUACUUUAGAGACAGAGGAAAGGGAAACGGGACCCUCAUUACCUUCCACUCCACAUUUCAGUGCUGUGGGAAAGAGAGCUCUGAACAGGUCCAACCCACGUGCCCCAAGGAGCUUCUAGGACACAAGAACUGCAUUCAUGAAAUUGAGACGAUCAUCAGUGUUAAGCUCCAACUUGUCGGAAUUGUCGGAAUUGGAAUUGCAGGUCUCACGAUCUUUGGCAUGAUCUUCAGCAUGGUCCUCUGCUGUGCGAUCCGGAGCUCACGAGAUGUGAUAUGAAGCUGCUGCCACGCGACAGCGACAAUCUAAAGUUUUCCUCCUAAAUGUCAAGGGAGCUGCCUACUUUCUGGCCCACUUUUAAUAUUCAAAGGACAUUACGACCUACAAUGAAUUUGGUGUCAAUUCUCUGUUUGCACUUAUACGUAUGUAUAUGUUGGCUCGUGGCCGACGGAUCCCUCAAGUGAAUGCCCGUGUCUGUUGACUGAGAGCAUGCCCAUGUGUGCUCUGCGGUUUCUGGUAGAUGCAUCAUACAGAACGAGGUCUGCUGGCUGGGAGUCCCUGGGUUUUGCUACAUAAAGGAACAACCAAUUUAAUAACUAUGGGGGGUGGGAGGACACCCAAAAGCUCUGAUAAAUGGUCAUUUUCUCAAAUCUAGAAUGCUGGAUUCUGAGAAGUGAGGAAUUUCUAGCUAAUGUAGCAGUAGGUUACGGGAAUUGAGAGAUCACAAUGGGAUAUUUAAAUUGUCUAAAUUGGGUGUAAGGGUUUCCUGGGCUUUUUUUAUAUACAUGCUGUCCCCAGAAUAUAGUAAACACAGCCUUCACACUGAACACAUCUGUAAAACUAAGUAUAGCAUGGAAAAUCGAAUGUGAAUCAGUCAUGUUUUCCUGGUGUCUGAGAACAAAACACCGCCCUCUGCGAAGAGGCGUCGCCUAGACAAUCACUCGCCCUGUGACAAUGAGCGUUGUUAGGACGCGGAAACACCUUCAACAGCUUUCUAAAGAAAUGUUUUUGUUCUGAGACAAAGACAUGUAAAUGUUGCUUUGCUCCUUUCCUUCUCUGACUGCUCGGAACUCUGUCACCCCUCCACAUCCCCAAGUGGCUCUUCUCGCACACCCCGAGGGUACCCUGAAUCUAAGGACAGAAAGACCCAAGUCAGAGAGCUGCCAGUUGCAAACAGAGGGAGGGGGUAUCCUUAUGGGCACGGUCUCUGAAAUACCUCAUCACUUGAGUUUACGUAUUUGCCCAAUUUGUAUUGUAUCCUCCUUAUUUAUUAUUCACUUGGAGGCUUUUUUAGAGAGAGGUGAUGAUGACAUCGUUCCCCCCGCUUAAAUAAAACAAAGCUCUCCUUAAUUCAUAUAUUAUCUCGUAAGCAUGUUUAGCCCAACCAGAAAGCAAAAACAAAAACCUGCCAAACACCAAAGAGUGGAAAAGCAUCUUCUCCGGGCUGUGUGUACACAACAGGGGCACACUGCUGACACAAAGCUCGGUGGACACACACUUCCAAUUUAAGUAUGUCCUCUUUGUACAAAUCCCCCAUGAAAAGUAAAUGUUCCGGUCCCCCUGU